CCGCGCCCUGCCCGGACCCCGGGCGGCCGCGGCUGCUAUGCGGCUUCGCGGCGCACGGCCUGCACCGGGUUUGCGCCGACGCCUGCCGGACACUGACCCAGCUGAGGAUUAGGGACACCACCUGUGAGCAGGGGACCCCGAGGCUGCCACCCCCAGAAAGUGCCAGCUCUGCGAGGGAAAGGGUGAUGUGCCGUGCUCCAGCUGCUGCCUGCUGAGCCUGAGGAGGAGUUUUGGAGCCUGCCUGGGACACUUUGCCCGACAACAGCAGCACCCCAACCCCACCGGGCAGCACAAGCCUGCGACACACCGUAGCCCUUAAGCCAAGGAGACAUCGGACCAAGCCUGAGGGGGGUCAAGGGCCACAUCCUUCUUCCCUAACCCGCUGUCAAUUCCUGCCCUGACGGCACUGCCCUCGCCCCCCGGCAGCCCCCUCCAGGGCUGCCUCCCCCCGGCGCUGCCCAGCUUUGGCCGCCAGCCCCGCUGGAGCGCGGCAGCCUGCCGGGCGCUGCCCCCCGGGCACUGCCCCCCGGGUGCAUCGCCCCCCGCCCCCCCGGGGACCCCCCGCCUGCCGGCAGAGCCAUGAAGCUGCAGGCGGUGAUGGAGAACCUGCAGCGGCAGCAGCGCGCGCGGCUGCAGCAGGCGCUGGAAGCGCGGCAGCAGGAGCAGCAGCAGCAGCCACCGCGCUGCUCGUCCCCCUCGGCGCAGCCCUCGCAGCCCCCGGGGCAGCCCCCUGCCAGCAGCCGGGGCCGUGGGCAGGAUCCGGCCUCUUCGGAGGAGGGAGCGGAGCCGGAGAGCACGCACAUCCAGCGGGCGCAGAUGGCCGCCCUGGCUGCCAUGCGGGCGGCUGCUGCCGGCCUCAGCCACUCGCCCAGCCCGGGGCUGUCAGAUGAGAGCCAAGCCUCCGAGGAGGAGGAAGAGGAGGAGCGCGGCGAGGAGGAGGAAGAUGGUGGCGGGUACCAGCAGGAGAUGGGCUCCGAGGAGGAGGAGGAGCUAAAGGGCAAAUGGGAUGAAGACGACUUUGAAGAGGACCUGGGUGAGGAGGAAGAGGAAGAAGAGGACGAAGAGGAAGAGGAAGACUACGAGGAAGAAGAAGACAUGGGAGAGGAAGGGCUCAGCUCAGCAGAGGCGGUGCGGGCGGGUGCGGGAUCCCUGCUGCUCCGCAAGCCCCCGGCACCCCAGCACUACCGGGGGGAGCCCCCACGGCUGCCAGGGGGACAGGAGCGGCUGCCCCCCGGCCUGGGCCACACUCAGCCCCCGCCACCAGCACCUGACCACGGCGACUGGACCUACGAGGAGCAGUUCAAGCAGCUGUACGAGCUGGAUGGUGACCCCAGGAGGAAGGAGUUCCUGGAUGAUCUCUUCAGCUUCAUGCAGAAGCGAGGGACCCCCGUGAACCGGAUCCCCAUCAUGGCCAAGCAGGUGCUGGACCUGUACAUGCUGUACACGCUGGUGACCGAGAAGGGGGGUCUGGUGGAGGUCAUCAACAAGAAGCUGUGGCGGGAGAUCACCAAGGGGCUGAGCCUGCCCACCUCCAUCACCAGCGCGGCCUUCACCCUGCGCACCCAGUACAUGAAGUACCUGUACCCCUACGAGUGUGAGAAGCGCGGGCUGAGCAACCCCAACGAGCUGCAGGCGGCCAUCGACAGCAACCGGCGCGAGGGCCGGCGCCAGGGCUUCGGCGGCUCCCUCUUUGCCUACUCGCCCGGCGGCACCCACGGCCUGCUCUCCUCGCCCAAGCUGCCGGUGCCGGCGCUGGGGCUGGCGUCUGCCACCAACGGCGGGCCCAUCGCGCCCGGACAGAAGAUCAAGAAAGAGGAGGACUCUCCCAUCCCCAUCUCCAUGCCCAGCCGGCUCCCGGUGUCACUGGCCGGGCACCCCGUGGUGGCGGCGCAGGCGGCCGCGGUGCAGGUGGCAGCGGCCGCCCAGGCCGCGGCGCUGGAGCAGCUGCGGGAGAAGCUGGAGUCGGGGGAGCCCCCGGAGAAGAAGCUGGCGCUGGUGACGGACGAGCAGCAGCGGCUGAUGCAGCGGGCGCUGCAGCAGAACCUCCUGGCCAUGACGGCCCAGCUGCCCAUGAGCAUCCGCAUCAACAGCCAGGGCACGCGCUCGCCAGGUCAGUGCCGGCCCCGGCCUCCCGCCCCGGCCGAGCUCCCGGCCCCGGCGGGCUCCGUAACGCGGCUCUCCCCGGCAGAGAACCGCCCGGACGCCGCUGCCGCCAGCAGCAACGGCACCAACAGCAUCAGCAUGUCCGUGGAGAUCAACGGCAUCGUCUACACAGGUGUGCUGUUCGCUCAGACGCCCGGCCCUUCCUCCUCCUCUUCCUCCUCCUCCUCCUCUGCCUACAGCAAAGGCAACGGCGGCAGCAGCCGGAGCAGCGGCGGCAGCGGGGUGGGGAGCGGCGGUGGGAACGUGCCCCCCGCCCCGGCCGGCCUGGCCGUGCCCCCCAGCUCUACCUCCAACAGCGCUUCGCCUUAACGCCCCCCAGCCUCGGGCCCCUCGCGGCACCGGCGCCCCGGGGGGGGACGCGGUCGCACCGGGGCUCACCGGGGUCUGCCGGGGUCUCGCUCGAGGCCUUGGCAGGGUCUCUCUGGGGUCUCGACAGGAUUUCACUGGGGUCUCACCCGGGUUUCAUUGAGAUCUCACCUGGGUCUCACUGGGGUCUCACCUAGGGUUUCAUUGAGAUCUCACCUGGAUCUCUCUGGGAUUUCACCAGGGUUUCAUUGAGAUCUCACCAGGGUUUCAUUGAGAUCUCACCUGGGUCUCUCUGGGGUCUCACCAAGGGUCUCACCCAAGGCCUUGCCAGGGUCUUUCUGGGGUCUUGCCCGAGGUCUCGCCGGGGUCUCGCCUGAGGUCUUGCCAGGGUCUCUCUGGGGUCUCAACAGGAUUUCACUGGGGUCUCACCUAGGGUUUCAUUGAGAUCUC